AUGAGCCACCUCGCCAAGGCAUCCUCAACGGGCGGCUGGAACGCGCAGUGCGCCGAGAAUACCAAGAAGAAAAAGUACGACAAACUCAUGAGGCAGAACGACAGGACCUUCUUCCCCCUGGCCAUCGAAAACGGCACGGGUCGCCUGGGCGAGUUCUUCGUCCGCUUUAUCAAACGCGUCGUCUACAACGCCGACCUUCCAGUACACGUACACAACCACGCAACACCCAGCUACUACGCCUACGCCCUCCAACGCCUAUCCAUCGCCUUCCAGAAGCGCAGCCACGAAGCCACCAUGACGUGUCGCUACGGCAAGGGCGGCGGCGCCGCCGCGGACGUCCAAACACACUCCAUGUUUUCUACCGAACGCAACACCAACACCUGGGCCACGGCCGCCAGAGGUCAGCGGGCGCAACGCAACCGACCGCCUCGCCGCGGAGACGGACGCAGAAAGAGACGACAAAGGCAGACAACCGCCGCCACACCACCACCGCCACCACCACAACAACAACAACAACCACAACAACAACAACCACAACAACAACAACAACAACAACAACCACAACAACAACAACAACAACAACAACAACAACAACCACACCAACAACAACAACAACAACAACAACCACAACAACAACAACAACAACAACUACAGCCACGGCACAGCGGACGCCCCGACUGCGGAAGCCGUCGGACCCGCCAACCCGCGACCCAACCCUCGGAGGCCGGCCGCAGCGCCACCGAUACGGUCGACGGGGAAGGGCCGGGCGGCAGACGCGCCGUCUCGCAGCCGGCGGCAGCGGCGUUAGCACCCACCCACUACACCAACAGCCAUCAAGAGCAAGCACAUUUGUCGGGAUGCGUGAACGGGGAUGUUGGGCUCACCAUCGACCCACCGCCGCCGACGGCCGUUUGGGUUCAGGUCGCUCGCCGACCCCCGGCAGGCACGUGUGGGAGCCGCCGGGUCCUCAAGCGCACGUUACAGCCCGACAACACCGUCAACACGAUUGUUUUGCGCGGACGGACGGGUGUGCCCCACACGCGGGAGACGUGCUCUAACUUCUCGUCGGAAGGACACGCACGUGGUCGUCAGCGAGAAGACGCUGCAGGCACCGUUCGAGACGAAGCUGCAGCUGCUGUCGGGGAUUGCCGCCGUGUUCGUGGGCACAGUGCGCAGAAAGACCGACGUGGAGACAAGACUGCGGAAGCACGCUGCCGAAACGCGAACCUCUUCAUGUUCCUGAUGUCGCUGCAGCCCUUUGUAUGGUGGGACCUGUCGCUGGGGACGGACAACCCGAAUCCCGAGGACGGAGGCGGUGGAGGAGGUGCAGCACGAGAGUUGGGCGCAUCCACGCGCUCAAGCCGGCGUUCUCGAUUGGCGUGGGCGUGCAGCGACGACGUGCUGUUCCGCACGGUCGGGGACGGACAGCGAGUACAGGCUGGCGACCCAGCCCUCCGACGAGGCUGCUGGGCGUCGUGCACGCUGAACGGCCGAACCCGCUGCCUGCAGAUACUGUUGCAGUCCAACGUGCUGACGGAGCCACUUUUCCACCGGCCGCACCCUGGAGCUGCUGAUGCGCAAGGCGGGCGUGCCGGCGUGGACGUGGGGGUGGAAGAGGUUGACGUGUGGCGUGGUAGGGUGUAUGCUCGUUGCUUGUCAGCAGUUGGAUUGCGUGAUGAGUUUACUAAAGUGUCAAACAAGCAAGCGGCAAGCAAGUAA